CUGUUCCCAAAUUUUUUUCAUUUGGCAAGUUUUUUUCUCUCUCUUCUCUCCCUCUCUCUCUCGUACGCUCUUCUCUCCCUCCUCUCUGCCUCAUCUCAUCCACCACCGUAACAUCCACCACAACCCCCACCACCACCUACAAAUCAAUCACUCGUCAGAGGGAGGGGGUGGCCGAGUGUGAGAAGAUUUUCUGGGGAGGGAAGUUCCGGUGAGGAAGAGAGAGUUCCGGCCGUGAUAGAGAGUUCCGGUGGCGUUUCGUGGCGGUGUUUGGCGACGGUGUUUGGCGACGGUGAUGCUUCUUGCUCCUUCGUUCAUCUGGCUCCAUGGAAGAAUAAGGCUCCUUCAGACCUCCACCUUCCUCCAAGCCAGCCAAAUCUGGUGGUGGCAAGCAGAAGAAGAUUCAUUUUUUGUAGACUCAAAUCCAGGUAUAAGUUGUUAUUGCAAACUGAUCAUGCCACAACAACAUCAAAGGAUGACAGAACCUGCCUCUAAUGUGGCAUCUUGCAGUGGAACUGCGAUGGAGAAGUCAUCAAAAGGAUAUUUUAGGAACAUUCAUACAAGUCAUCAGUUUUUACUUUAUCAUUUUAAGAAAAUAUUUAUAUUCUGGAUUCAGUCUAUUAUGCUUCCUAGGAUUUCAGCGUCUAAUUUCGACGUAAAACGUUGUACAGAUAACACUUGCAAUGGCUUCUAUUGUGAUUAUUUCUCUCCAAAUACGGCUUACAAACCAAAGAUGUGGACAGAAGCUUGGACUGGCUGGUUUACCGAGUUUGGAGGUUCGGUACCUCACCGACCUGCUGAAGAGUUGGCAUUUUCAAUUGCAAGAUUUAUGCAAAAGGGGGAUCAUUUAUCAAUUACUACAUGAGCACAAAACGAAGGGAUAAUGACGACUCUGCAAUAGAAUCUGACAUCAAAGAAUUUUCACCUUAAGUCGCAACGCAGAGCACAAAACGAAGGGAUAAUGACGACUCCGCAAUAGAAUCUGACAUCAAAGAUGGGAUAAAUGCAAUUGUAUCAUAGUGUGCAACUAUUUGGUUGCCAUACUUUUCUUGCUUUCCCAGAAAAGUUACAAGCCUCCUAAAAGACCCUUGACAAACAAGGUUCUCAAAAUCAUAGUUUCCAGCUUGCUUUAAUGUGAGAGAUUUGUAGUAGAUAGUAUUUUUGGGAGUUGCUAGAUGGAUUUCAAGAUGAUUCCUAUGAAGUUAGUAAUUUAAGAGUUUGAAGAAAAAUUUGUAAAAUCUAUGGAAAGAGUUUCUUUUGUGGUGUUCUUGCAUGUUAUAAGGAAGAUUGACAUGUUAUAACUUAUAACUUAUGAUUCCUAUCUCUAUCAUUUUGUUUUC